AUGUCGGCCGCGGGAUCUCCUGCUCACGCGAGCUCCACGGUAGUCGACUCUGGACGAGAGUCGGCUGGUGUCCUCGGCCCCCCGCGCGUGCUGGCGCCGGUGUCCGUCCCGGCCUUCGUGCUGGCGCCUGUGGCUGGCGUGGCACCCCUUCCUGAUCCUGGCGCGGCGCCCCCUCCUGCGCCCCACGCUCCGGUGGAGCCAUUGCCUGCUGCGGCGGCUGCUGAUUGUGCUGCGGAGGCGCCUGCGUCCGGCGUGGCGCCGCUUCCUGCUCCUGCCGCUGCGUCCCAUGGGGCGCCGUACGGGGGGUCCGCUCCUCCACUCCCCGUGGCUCCGUCGUCCGCGCCUGCUCAGCCCCUGGGUCCUCAGCAGCGUCCCUCCCGCCCACAUUCGCCCUCUCAGCGAGAUGAGCGGGCAGGGUCUCGGCGCCGUCGUGAUUCCCCCCGCCAGCGGCGUCCGCAGGCGAACUGGCACACGCACCGCGGAGGUUGGGUGGGAGGUCACGGUCGCGGGCGUGGCGGGUGGCAGGACGCGCCGGCGACGAUUGCGGACGUGCGUCAGAUCGUGACCGAGGCAUUCCGCGACGGCCAGGCGGGUUCGGCAAGUCUGAGCAGCUCGCGACGUGCUGCGCCGUCGCCGUCGGCUCCCCUUCCCGUUCCUCGCCUGGCGGAUGCACCGCCAGUGGCGGCGCCUCAUCCGGUUCCCUCCGGUUCGUGCCUACGGGGUCUCCUGCUGGUGCAGUCACUGGCGCACGGGUCCCUUCCACCUGUCCCCGCGGAGUCCCUUCUUGAAGGCCCACGUGACGACUGUCUUGACGCAGCCGACCAGCUUGCCCUCCUCCUGGCGCCCGUGUUGGCAGCGCCCGUGCGGGGAGGCGUUGGGGCCGUGGGGCAACUUGAUGCGGCCGUGCGGGACUUGCGGAGGUACUUGCGGGCAGGUUCUAGAGCCGACGCGAUCGGCGCGACCAUACUGGUGGUCCGCUCGGUGUGGCGGACGAUGACGGGCAUUCUCCAUGCCCUGCAGGCGGAUCGGAUGUAG